AUGUCUCUCAUCAAGCUCUUUUGGUCAGACUUCAAUCCUGCUCUGCUGCUCCUGGUGCUGGCCUGUGCUCCGGGCAGCCAGUCAGUACCUGUGAUGAGUAAAGGACUGGUGACAGACUCCUGUGUUUUAUACGCACAUACGCUGCUACAGAACAUCACUGAUGUGCUCACACAGAACAACCUGUUCAGUGGAAUCGACUGCACAAAGCAGAGUGUGGAGGUGAACAUGGAGACUGACACUCCAUCUGUGUGCGCACCAAAGGAAUCAGCAUGCUCAGGAAUCAUUAAGUCAGAAUUUGAUCAGGACUUAUGUCUGACGAACAUUGGGAAGGAUCUGCAGCACUACUACACAUUUCUCUCUGCUCAGCCAGACCCUGACCGUUACCUCGCUCCAACAGUUCUGUUCCACCUCAGAGAGUUUAUGGAGAACUGCUUCACAUGGUCUCUGCCAACAGACUCGACAUUAAAGGAGGGUGCUGCAGACCGUCCGAGCACCUACGAUGAAAGACUGAGCCUCUGCAAAGUGCUGAAAGGCUUCCAGCUCCGCAGCAUCACCAUCAACAGAGUGAUCUCAUACAUGAACUCUGGUGAACACACUAAAUGAGCCUCAAGAAGAUAAACAGAACCACUUUACAAAUAACAUAAACUACUGUAACAGUAACAGUACAUUCAAACUAUCUAGAAAACACUUGGGACUCUUUUUUUUAAAGUAAAUAUUUAUUAUUUUAUUUACAUGUUACUAAUAUUUGACAUCAAUAUGGUGUGUUAACGUACUUUUUAUAAAGUGUAUAUUUACAAACUAUAUGCUAUUUA